AUGAGCCCACCAGUUGCUGUGUGCACCUCUUCGCCGGGCACUGCUGUGUUCCUCCCCGUCUCUUCUUCCGGGUGCUGGGACGAUCUGACCGUCUCGCUCCUGCCGUCGCGCUUCCCUGCUCAAGCAGACCUGUCCGCUGGUGGACAGCCUGCGGUGCCUGAUGCUAAGAUGUCGGAGACGGAACAGAAGUACGAUGUGCUGGAGAAGAUUGGUCAUGGGUCCUUUGGCGUGAUCCGCAAGGUGCGGCGUCGGGAAGACGGCAUGGUGCUCUGCCGCAAGGAGAUCAGCUAUCUGAAGAUGUCGCAGAAGGAGCGCGAGCAGCUGCACGCCGAGUUCCAGAUCCUGUCGACGCUGCGGCACGCCAACAUUGUGGGCUACUACCACCGGGAACACCUCAAGGUCACGCAGGACCUGCAUCUGUACAUGGAAUACUGCGGCAACGGCGAUCUGGGCCGCGUGAUCCGCGAGCUCAGCCAGAAGAACCAGUACGCAGAAGAGUCGUUUGUGUGGAGCAUCUUUGCCCAGCUGGUGACGGCCCUGUACCGGUGUCACUACGGCGUAGACCCGCCUGAGGUCGGCAAGAACGUGCUGGGGCUGGGCAACGCGGCCAAGCCGAAGGUGCCGGCGGGCGGUGUGACGAUCCUACACCGGGAUCUGAAGCCGGAGAACGUCUUUCUCGGCGAGGACAACUCGGUCAAGCUGGGCGACUUUGGCCUGGCCAAAAUGAUCCAGUCACAUGACUUUGCGUCGACAUAUGUGGGUACGCCCUUUUACAUGUCGCCGGAGAUCUGCGCGGCCGAAAAGUACACGCUCAAGUCGGACAUCUGGUCGCUGGGCUGCAUCAUCUACGAGCUCUGCGCGCGCGAGCCGCCGUUCAACGCCAAGUCGCACUACCAGCUGGUGCAGAAGAUCAAGGAGGGCAAGCUAGCCCCGCUGCCGGUGGUCUACUCGCCCGAGCUGUGCACGGUGGUGCGCGACUGUCUAAAGGUGAACCCGGACCGGCGGCCGGACACGGCGACGCUGCUGAACCUGCCGGUCGUGCGGCUGAUGCGCAAGGAGAAGGAGGUGGUGGAGAUGAGCCGGGUGCUCAAGGCCAAGGAAGACCAGCUCGGCCGUCGCGUGCGCGAGCUGGAGCGCAAGAUGGAGGCCGACAAGCAGCAGCUGCGCCACGAGCUGGACGCGAGCAUGCGGCGCGAGUGGGAGGUCAAGGCCCGCCUGGAGAUUGAUCGCCUGGUCAACGCCGAGCUCGACCACCUGCAGAAGAAGUUUGAGCAAGAGGUGCGGGCCCGCGUCGAGGCCGAGCUGGUCGUGGCCCAGAAGAAGAUGGUGGCCGAGGCAGAAGCAGCAGCAGCUGAAGCGGCAGCUGCAGUGGCAGCAGCACAAGCACAGGCACAGGCACAGGCACAAGCCCAGGCACAAGCACAAGCACAAGCACAAGCAGCACAAACAGCACAGGCAUCGUCUGUCUCGUUUGCAGCCCCGCGACUGCCACCGCCAUCGUCGUCGGUCGAUCUGGAACUGUCGUCAUCGGUCAGCAAGUCAGAGUAUAACAUGCACUCGUCCAUCGACGACUUCAGCGGCGACGAAGACGGUUUUCCAUCGACGGCCGACAUUACCGACAUCACGGAGCUGUCGGUGGACGAGUCGCAGUCCACAGCAGCAACAGCAGCAGCAGCAGCAAAAUCGGUCUCUUCAUCCGACAGCAGUUCUGCCGUCACGACGACGACGACUACGUUUGCCAAGCGCCAGAACGCACCGCCCGUGCCGCAGGCCCGCACGCCCUUUCACCGGGCGCAGACCAUGUUUGCCGGCACGCCGAUGGACGUCGAGAUGGCGUCGCCGUCGCCCAUGGCCAUCGCGUCGCUGUCGCUGUCGCCACGACGCAACGCCGCCACCAAGGCGCCCACCACCAGCUCGGGCAACAUUUUUGCCGUGGGCGACGAUCAGCGAUGGCACGGUGGCCCGCGCGAGACGCUGUCGGACUGGGACUCGGAUGACGAGGCCGGCAUCCCGUCGCCGACCCGGCUGAUCAAGACGCGCAAGAACCUGUUCACGUCCAAGAAGCAGUCGCAGCAGACGACGGCCGGUCCGACGGCCGGUCCGACUGCGCGUCCGGGCGGUGGUCUGCUCUUUGGCCGUCCGCGGUCCAAAGGACCCGAAGCUGGCACCACGGCCACGGCCUCUUGCGAUUCGCCCGGUCGACAUCUGAGCAAGAUCUCGUCGCCUGGCAGCACCGGGGCGGACGGGCUCGGGCUCCUGGCCGUGGCCGACGGCGGGAUGCGCGUGCUGUCGCGGAAGACGUCAUUCAACAAAGAAGCGACGGUGCAGCCGCAGCAGCAGCCGGCACCAUCACAACAACCGGCUUCGGUUCUGGGACAUGGCUUAGUCAGCAAACAGAAGCCGGGGAUCCGGGGACGAACGCUGGUGGAGCUGCAGCAGGCGCGCGCCGGCGGACGGCCAAUGGUGAUCGAUGGUCACAGCAGCGGCAGCAGCAGCAGCGGCUCCGGCAACAUGAGCCCAAGGCGGCCGUUCCGCGAGCACGCAGCGGCAGCCAACCGCGGCGGCCUCUCGAUGGAGUCGCCGGCCGUCUGGGACCCAGAGCAGGACGAGAUGCCAAGCCCGUUUCUGGUGCGGCGCAAGAUGAUCGCCGUCGUACCGGUGUCGAUGGGCGGGAGCAGCAGCAGCAGGGCGUGA